AAGCUGGCCUUGGCCUCAGCUCUUAGCCAAACACCUUCCCGACAAGAUGAGGACCAGCAGCUUCUUGGUCCUGGCGGUGUUCCUCAUCCUUGGGAUGCUGGCAGUAGAGGCAGCUGUCAGAGGAGUUCCCGUUAAAGGUCAAGGCACUGGCAAAGGUCAUGUUCCAGUCAAAGGACAAGGUCCCCUUAAAGGAAAAGCUGAAGAUCUAGUCAAAGGGCAAGAUCCAGUCAAACAUCCAGGCCUCACUAAGCCUGGCUCCUGCCCCAACAUUCUGAUCCGCUGCGCCAUGCUCAACCCCCCCAACCGCUGCGGGAGCGACGCCGAGUGUCCGGGGUCCAAGAAGUGCUGUGAGGGCUCUUGCGGGAGGGCCUGUUUGAACCCCCAAUGAGGUGGAAUCUGUCCUUGCUGCACCUGUCCAGUCCCCAGGGCUGCAGGCCCCCAUUGGAUCCUAGGUCUCUGGAGCCCUCCUCAUCCUCAUCCUGCCUGUUUGUCCUUCAUUCAGGAUGCCCAAGCCUGAGCAGCCUCUCUCAUGCACUGUCCAAUAAAGACCCCCUUCUGCUCCA